CACUGCAGAAUGGGAAACACACACACACACACACACACACGGGAAUACUGAAGUGGCACAGACUUCCGCACGCGCUGCAGUGGGUGCUUGAGUGUGUUCGGGUUGUUGUGACUCGCAGGAGGGAAAUAAUUACACACAGCGACCAUCAGCCAUCAGCUGAGUGACACAAAAACGGGUGAGAGUGCGCGCCGUGCAUGACACACUGCAGUGUGUGUGUUUACUAAAGGUGUGCUUUAGAAUCCCUCACACUGGCACAGGAUGGGCGAGGCCGUGGCGAACGUGGCCCGGAGAAUCAACACGGCCAUGGAGGACGGAUCAGACACGUUAGAUCUAUCAGACUGUAAUCUGAUCAGUUUCCCUGAUGGCGUAUUAAAAAUGAUCCGCAGCCGUGCAGAUAAAAUACAGAAGAUCACACUGACCAACAACAAACUGAAGAAUUUAGGGGACAAGUUUUUCACCAUGUUCACCAGUUUAACAGAUCUGGAUCUGCAGGGAAACACUCUGACUAAACUCCCACACGCCUUCGGAGAAAUGCAGCAUCUCAUCAGCAUCAAUCUGUCUGAUAAUAACUUCAGUGUGUUUCCUGAACAACUGAUGAGUGUAAACACACUGCAGAACAUCAACAUGUCCGCAAACCAGAUCUCAGAGGUGCCGUGGGAGCGCGUGUGCGCGAUGUCGGCCCUCAGCGUUCUGGAUCUGAGAUCUAAUCCACUCACUUCAUCCCCACACACUUCACUGAAGUUUACUCUCCUCACAUAGACACACAGACUUCAGCUGACGACGGAUUGGACGAGGAACUCGGUGGAGAUCCGUCACUCCUGCACUCCAUCCCAAACCUCGCCAUACAGCGAUGGUUAUUAUGGCUGAAUAGUACAGAGGUCAUUUCCCACAGCUGGGGUCAUAGUCAUUAUAGUAUUAGAAGUAGGGUUAGAGUUGAUUGGGGUGGAAGGGUGUGUGAUUUGGGACGUUCUCAGUAAAUCAGAGCUGAACCUGAAGGUAAAACUCCUCGGCUUUGGAAGUUUGCUUGUGUUGAAAUUUUCCAGUUCUGGUCUCUGAUGCUGCUGCUGCUGUUUCUGCACUAAAUAAAGAUUCAGUGAAAUAUUGAUCAAA